AUGGAAGACAGCAGAAGAUUUGAUGGCCCAAGACCAUUUUGCAGCCUAGACUCCUGGUUCACACAUGAAGGAUUUUUUAGAAUGGUGCAGGAAGAAUGGAGGGAAUUGGGUGAUGUAAAUUUCUUAGAGAAGAUGAAAGCGCUAUCAACACCACUGCGUACAUGGCACAAGAAGUAUUUUGGGAAUACAACGGAGCAAAUAAAGAGGUUUGAGGAAGAAAUACAGAAGGUGGAUGAUAUGGUCAGUAGUGGUCGGUAUGAGAGUACCAUGGAGGCAAGAAGGAGGGCGCUAGUGAAGUGCUGUAAAAAGUGGUAUGUGAGACAGGAUCUACACUGGAAGCAAAUGUCUAGAUCUCAGCAUGCUAUUGAGAUGGAUAGAAACACAGGGUACUUCCAUAAUAUAGCUUCGGCGAGAAGAAGACAUAAUAGGAUUGAGUCCUUGGUUAUUCAUGGGAGGUUAGUAAGGAAUCAACCAAGAAUUAAGGUUGCGAUUCGAGACUUUUAUAAAUAUCUUUACCACCAGGAACAUUCCCCAAGUGUGAGCUUUAGGGACGGUUUAGUUAAUCGACUAGGGAGAGAGGAAGCUGAAGCCCUAGAGGAUGUUAUCGUCAGUGGAGGAAGUGAAGGAGGCAGUUUGGGAGUAUGA